CCCUUUCUCUUUCCUUCACCAUUUGUGCGCUCUAAUCAAAUUGAAAAACAAAACCCUUAUUCACAGUGUUCAUCAUUUUAAAGCUCCAUUAAAGCUUUUUCAAGCGACACUGCAUUCAUUCCGUUCAAAUUUUAUCUGGACGAUGCCGUUUUGAAUAAUUUUCUUUGAAUCUCUCAACAGAAAUUACUGUUAUCUGUUGAAUCCAAAUGACUGACUCGGCCGAGGCAGCUAAGCACAUCGAGAAUCUUUACGAGUUCGGUGAGCGGCUCAAUGAGUCCAAAGAUAAGUCUCAGAAUGUAAAUGAUUACCAAGGGAUUUUAGAUUCAGCUAAAACUAACACGAAGGCGAAGCAGUUAGCAGCUCAGUUAAUUCCGAGGUUUUUCAAAUUCUUCCCGCAACUAUCCAGCCGAGCUGUCGACAUUCAUCUUGAUUUAAUCGAGGAGGAAGAGCUCGGGGUUCGAGUGCAAGCAAUUAGAGGGUUGCCCCUAUUCUGCAAGGAUACACCCGAGUAUCUUUCGAAAAUUGUUGACAUUCUUGUGCAACUACUUUCAGCCGACGAAUUUGUGGAGCGGGAUGCAGUACACAAAGCUCUUAUGUCAUUAAUGAGGCAGGACGUGAAAGCCUCUUUAACUGCUUUAUUUAAGCACAUCGGAAGCACUGAUGAACCAAGUGGAGAUGAACAUCGUGAUAGAGUUAUCAGCUUUAUUAGAGAUAAGGUUUUCCCCCUUAAAACUGAACUCUUGAGACCUCAAGAGGAAAUGGAGCGGCAUAUUACUGAUUUGAUUAGGAAGAGCUUAAUAGAUGUAAGUGGAGAAGAAUUCAAAAUGUUUAUGGACUUUUUAAAAGGUUUGAGCAUAUUUGGAGAUAAAGCUCCUCCAGAGCGCAUGAAGGAGCUUAUUGAGAUUAUUGAAGGGCAGGCUGAUUUAGAUUCCCAGCUUGAUGUUUCUGACUCUGACCAUAUUAACAGGCUGGUAUUAUGCCUUUACACAGCACUUCCAUUUUUUGUGCGCGGUGCAUCAAGCAGCAAGUUUCUGACCUAUUUGAAUAAGUUAAUAAUACCUGCUUUUGAUCAGCUUCCUGAGGAUCGGAAGCUUGAUUUGCUUAAAGCACUUGCAGAAAUUUCACCUUGCACUCUGCCACAGGAUUCACGCCAGAUUCUUCCUUCCAUUGUUCAACUGUUAAAGAAUUAUAUGCCUCGGAAGAAAACCGGAGAAGAGAUGAAUUUUACUUAUGUCGAGUGCCUGUUAUACGCAUUUCACCAUUUAGCGCAUAAGGCUCCAAAUGCCACAAACAGUCUAUGUGGUUACAAGAUAGUAACUGGCCAGCCAUCAGACAGGCUUGGGGAGGACUUCUCCGAGGUGUCCAAGGAUUUCUCAGAGAGGUUGAGCAAUGUAGAGGAGUUAACCAAGGCUACAAUGAAAAAAUUGACACAGGGAAUGGCUGAGCACAAUAAAGCAAUGGCAGCUGCAAAGACAGAUGAAGCAAAGGACAGCAUAAAAAUUCAAAAGCAAAAUGCUACAAUUGGGCUACGAACCUGCAAUAACAUUUUGGCAAUGACAAAGCCAUUACAUUCGAAGACACCUUCAUUUAUCGGAGAUAAGAAGAGUGUCAAUCUUUCUUGGAAAGAAGUGGCAAAAGCUGCUGCAGCUUCCACCACCGCAGAAACUGGAGGGAAACGACCUGCUAAUGCUGCUAACGGGUCUGGCAACAUUGCGAAAAAGGGUCGUGGGGCUGGCGGCUUACCAAAUCAACUAGUUAAUAGGGCGUUGGAAGGCAUAUCUCACGGAGGGAGAGGAGGCACACGGGGCAGAGGUAGAGGUAGAGGGUGGGGUGGAUACGGACGUGGAAGAGGAAGAGGCUAUAAUAGGUAAACUUGAUGUGUAUGCACAAAGAUACACGCCAGAAUCUAUAAGAGCAUAGGAUUGGGUGCAGAGUCAAUUAUGUAUUGAUAGUUUCUUUUCCAUUUUGAUGAGUUUUUAAGUGGAGGGAGUCGACACAAUUUCAGAUUUUAUCGUGGACUAACACCAGCAGUCUUAUUCGUAUGGAGAUUGUCAUCGUAGACUGGCUACGGAUUUGGGUUGUUCUCCCAAUCUGUGCCUAUUCUACGAGCUGAUUAAGUUGUAUUAGUGGCUUAAAGAAUUAUUUUUAUAUGUCAGUUAGAUUGAGAAACAACGGUUAUUAUUCAGUUCUAGUCAUGUGUAGAAUAUGAUUUGCUAGCUCAUGUUGCAAUUUGAAUAGCUUAUUGAUCA